UUCACUUCUGUUUUUGACAAAAAUACACAUGCAUUAUGUUCACAACGAUUCACAAGCACCACACAAUUGGAAAUAUCUUGACGUAGAUUUUUAGCCUAUAAAUAGAACAGCGGGGAAAGAAGAUGAAAGACACAAACAAAUACACAAAAACCGAAUAGUGCAGCUAUGGCUCCGAGUGUGCAAGGCGAGUGGAUCAAGGUCGAGCAGAAAGGAGGACAGACACCAGGACCGAGAAGCUCACAUGGCAUAGCCGUGGUCGGAGACAAGCUCUACUCGUUUGGUGGCGAGUUAACUCCCAACAUUUCCAUCGACAAGGACCUUUACGUCUUUGACUUCAACACUCACACUUGGUCAAUCGCUCCGUCCAAGGGAGUAGCCCCUGACGUCAAGGCCUUGGGCACCCGCAUGGUGUCCGUGGGAACUAAGCUCUAUCUAUUCGGAGGCCGCGACGAGAAUAAAAAGUUCGAUGACUUUUACUCGUACGAUACGGUGACAAAUGAAUGGACAAAAAUUACCACUCUGGAUCAAGAGGGAGGACCCGAGGCUCGAACUUACCACUCCAUGGCUUCGGAUGAAAACCAUGUGUAUGUAUUCGGUGGAGUGAGCAAAGGAGGGACCAACAAGACACCCUUUAGGUUCAGGACCAUCGAGGCCUAUAACAUUGCUGAUGGGAAAUGGGCUCAGCUUCCUGAUCCUGGUGAGCAGUUCCCAAGGUUCGAGAGAAGAGGAGGAGCUGGAUUCGUUGUGGUGCAAGGAAAGAUUUGGGUGGUUUACGGGUUUGCAACUUCUCCUGAUCCUAAUGGGAAAAAUGACUAUGAGUCCGACCAAGUGCAGUUUUAUGACCCGGCUACUCAGAAAUGGACCGAAGUGGAAACUAAAGGAGACAAACCUUGUGCGAGGAGCGUGUUUGCACAUGCGGUUGUGGGGAAAUAUAUACUGAUAUUUGGAGGAGAGACCUGGCCGGACCCAAAGGCACAUUUGGGACCAGGGACGUUGUCUGAUGAAGGGUUUGCGUUAGACACUGAGACACUGGUGUGGGAGAGGUUUGGAGGAGGAGCUGAACCGGGUCAACUUGGUUGGCCCGGUUACACGACUGCCACCGUGUAUGGAAAGAAAGGUCUCCUCAUGCAUGGUGGAAAACGUCCGACCAACAACCGAACCGAUGAGCUUUACUUCUACGCAGUUAAUUCUGCGUAAUCAAUGCUCCCACCCUCGUGGUAUGUUUGUGUGGUUAAAAUUAUAUGCACCAAUAAAGGUUUGUGAGACCUACGAAAACAGCCAAUUUAUCUACCUGUUGCUGAUUGUGGUAUCUUAUUAAAUCGAAUUAUGUGUGUUUGUGGUUUGGAAAUUGCUGUAUUUGGGAUAAUAUCUUUCCUUGUGUGUAAUUCUAAUAAUAAUUAUAUGAUAGUAUGAAAUUAUCUAUAAAUUUGUUGCAUCAUUUAA